AUGGCUUGGCCUUCUUCUACGUCUGGCUCUGGUGGGCGUGCUGCGACACCGACUGUCUUUGAGCAGCAGCGGGAGGAAUUGGUUCGUGAGAUUGCGGUGGGUAUGGAGCAAGUGCUUCAGAAUAUGAAUCGGUUGAAUCGGAAUUUGGAGAGCAUUAUUACGGUCGGGAACGAAUUUGGAUCUGUCGAGGCGCUGUGGUCCCAGUUUGAGAACUUUAUGGGCCACAAUCAGGAGACCGAAGAUAACAGUCAAGGAAAGCGGAAGGUUAGCGGGGAGAGCGAAGGACAGGACCAGCCUAUUAAGAAAGAGGAGGAUGAUGAUGAGUCUAUGCUACGAUAA